CACCCAGGCAGGUAGGUAUAAAGCCACUUCCUCAGGCCAACGGAAGCCAGAAGGACAAGAGAAGGGUCACCAUGUCCCGGAGCACAGAGCAAGACCAGAGCCCAGGGGACCUUGUCCCCCAUCUUUCCAGUGCCCUGCGUCUGAUGUUGCUGCUAGCAGCUGUGACCCCGAGUCUCAAGGCCUGCUUGGUGAGACAUUCCGUCAACGGCAACUCCGUUGCCUGCCAUCCUCCCGCCCAACCUCCCAGCCACUUCCCUGCAGACACCCUCUACCUGGCCGUGGAGUUCUUCAACCUGACCCAGCUGCCGGCCGACACCCUCCAGAACGUCUCCCACCUGCAGGAAUUGCACCUGUCCAGCAAUCGGCUGGAGAUGCUGGCGGCCGAGUUUCUGCUGCCCGUGCCCCAGCUGCAAGUGCUGGAUUUAACCGGGAAUGCCCUGGCCGGGCUGCCCCCCGGCCUCUUCCGGGCUUCCCGAGCCCUCCACACCUUGGUGCUCAAGGGGAACCGCCUGCGGGACCUGAAGGCCGAGUGGCUGAGUGGCCUGAAGGCCCUGGCGUAUCUGGACUUGUCUGGAAAUCGCCUCUGGACGCUGCCCCCAAGGCUGCUGGCCAACUUCACGGCCCUGCUAAUCCUGGACCUCAGUGACAACCAGCUGGAGUCCUUGCCUGAUGACCUGCUGCAGGGCCCGCUCCGCCUGGACCGGCUGCAUUUAGAGGGCAACCGGCUGAGGACGCUGGACAAGGAGCUGCUUGCGCCCCAGCCAGGCCUGCGCUACUUGUUCAUGCAAAACAACAGCCUGGCCACGGUGGCCGCUGGCGCCUUCGAGGGCCUGCGGGAGCUAGACAUGUUGGAUUUGUCUGACAACUCACUGAGCAGCGUGCCGGCCGGGCUCUGGGCAUCCCUGGGGCAGCCAGCCCGGGCCAUGAAAGAAGGCUUCGACAUCUCCCGGAACCCCUGGGUCUGCGACAAGAACCUGGAUGACCUCUACCACUGGCUGUUGGCCAAUAAUGACACAAUGUUCUCUAGGAAGGAGACGCUCUGUGCUGGGCCAGAAGCCCUAAAGGGGCGCCUGCUUCUGGAAGUGGCUCGGGGACAGAUGGGUAGGACACCCCACUUAGCCAAGAGCCCCAUCUUCUAGGUGUUAGAUGCAUUCUUUCCACAGUUGCUUCAGCCCCCCGGGGACUCGGAUUUCUCGAAAGAUACCUUGGGCUUUCUGGUGCCCUCAACUCCAUCUGGUUUUAUGCUCUCUCCUAUUCUCCCUCUCCGCUUCCUCCAGCUCCUGGUCUCGGCCCCCACCCCACCCCCCAGCCACCUCCUGGCCCUGCUCUGGGGGUGUCUGUUUUCUCCAGACUUGGGGGACAGGGCCCCCUGAGUGCAGGUCUUGGGGCUGCGUCCCGUCAUCCCCAGCAUCGCUCAGCUUGAGGCCAGAUUGGAAGAGUCGAAUAAAAAAACCAUGCAAAAAAAAUGAA